CUGUGUUUCACCACUCGCGACCGCGCAUUUGCCGACGGUGACCGCUACGACCUUCAGAACAUCCUCUCAUCCGCAGUCUUCAUCUUCUUCCAAACCCCGUCACCACCCCUAUGCCAUUCGUAUGCUCUAGGUACUGCUGAGAACGACCCUCUCGGCCUUGACGACUCUCACGAGCUACGUUACAAACGACUUUCACGACCCACACGUUAGACGAUUAUGCCCCGUGCCUCCGAAGGAGCGGGAGAGCGGUCCCGGAUCCUGUUGAGGGAGUUCAGGAAAAGGAGGCAGCCCAAGAGGUGCGACUCGCUCCCAUGCCUCCAGGUAGUGCCAGCGAGCCGGCAGCUGUACGUCUGCCUCCGGUGCCGUUUCGCGAACGCGAUCUGCAGGAUUUGUCCGUGGUGCCUUUCCACGUGCGAUGCCGCCGCACAGGUCGCGGUCUCUGUCGUCCGCCGCCAGCUCAGCUCUCCCUUGCUCCUCACCGACGCGCAGAAGAUGCAGCUCGCGAAGAUCGAACGCGCUGCAACCGCCAGGCCCGGCGGCCGCCCCUCGUCUGCACGCGGCGCUGGCGCAUUGUCCCAUGAGGCUGAAGAGACGUCAUCGACGGCGCGACGCGCUACGCGGGAUCUACCCGGCGGCGUCUGCGAGGCCGAGACUGGGGACAGUCUGCGACGCAGGCAUCGCAACGCGGCUCUGUACUCUGCUACCGACGUCGUUGCCACCGCGACCGAGGACACCACUUUGCAGCCCUUUUUGGAUCAGUUUGCUGCAGCACGCUCAGAGGGCAGGUCUUUACCCACACCAGAGCCUCUUCUUACGAUUCCACCGCCGUCAAGACGAGCGACACGCCUUGACUCGCCACGAACUUCACGUCCUCGGACGCCCGCAUCACCCACCUCCCCCAGAUCCCGCGCACGAAUGUCAAACCGAGAUGCUGCCAUAACGGACACGAGUGAGCCCACGUCCUCGGACGCUUCUGCGCACUCUUCCACGCUCUCCCGCUCCCCAACGGCACCAUGUCUCCGCCGCAAGCGUCGCAUGUCUGGCCUCCGCAAGCGCUCCUCCUGCUCCCUGCGCCGCCGCACCAACUCCAGCGCGGGCAGCUGCCGCCGCGAGACGGCAGCCUUCACGUCCCCGCCUUCGUCCCCCAUAUCGAAGACCGAGACGACCGCGACUUCCCUGCCGGGAUCUCCGCAACCCAAGAAGGCGAAGAGCAUCCGCUUCAGCACCGAUUCCCAUCUUCGCCCGAGCCCAGCCCCUUCGCCGGCCCCAGCACCAGCACCAGCCUCGUCUCCCGCUCCAGCCCCGGUCCUCGUUCACGAGCAGUUCCCGCUCGGACACCCGCAGCGGCCGCUGUACACGGCGAUCCGGAAGAACAUGUCCGUGGCUUCGUCCGCGUCUCGGCCCGGCUCUCCCGCGCCCUCCGCCGCGACGUCCGCGAGCUUCGACCUGCACGUCUACGAGCACCCUGCGCGCGGGACGCGCUCGCUCGACAUCGACGACGAGUACGCGCACGGGCGCCCGCCGGCGCUGCGGUACGGGUCGCUGACGCGCGCGAGCCAUCUCGCGAUCGCGUACGCGGCGCGGCCCGCGCUCGCCGGCGGGUUCUCGGUCAGCGGGGAGACGGAGAUGCGGAUGGACCUGGCGCGGAGCCGGUCGAUGGACGGCGUACCGGGGGACUUUGCGUUCAGGGAGGGGAAGGGGCGGAAGGGCGCGGGCGUGCUGGAGGCGUCGGUGCGGGCGAAGGUGAAGAGCCUGAGCAAGACGCUCAAGAGCUUGCUGCGCGUCAAGAGUUGAGGUUCGGUUCGCUCAGUCGAUCGAGCUCAGGCCUUUGAGGUGUUGCUGCGCCGUCUGGAAGCCAGACGUUGAUUUUGGUCUCUUCUGCUCUCUGCUCUGCUCUGCUGGUCUGGGUCGCCGAGCGCGGCGCUGGGUGCCGCUGCUGUCUACUGUGGGAAACUGGGAUUGGCUAUCGUCUCCUCUCGCGCAUAUACACGUCGUUCUCCCCAAGAGUUACAUCUACCGCUUUUGAUACCACCACAUGCACAUAUGCUUUAUGCCUCAUACCCCAUGCCCUUCACGACCGUCACGACCCUCGUAUGGUUGCUUGUUGUCUGUUGUGCUUUCUUGGAUAGAUAUUACCCCUAUAUCGCAUGUUCUCUAAUGGGUACCCCGUUUCUUCCUGCAAUGCCAGUUUCCAAGUUU